AAGUCUCAGAGCCAAACUGGUGACAACGCUGGAGUGUUCAAAGUGAAUCCAGAAGUAAACCUCCAUGGUGGCUGGGAAGAUGCAGGGGCACAGGGAGAGGAAGAUGGUUUUGAGACAGCGGCGUGGCUAAAGUCCGGGGACUGAGAGCUGGAAGAAGCAAAGUUCACGACUUGCAGCCUUGCAGCCUUGCCGAUGGAUCUGGUUGGCUUUGGUUACGCAGCCCUUGUGACAUUUGGAAGUAUUUUGGGAUAUAAACGGGCAGGUGGUGUUCCAUCUUUGAUUGGUGGUCUUUGUGUUGGAUUUUUGGCUGGCUAUGGAGCUUACCGGAUCUCCAAUGACAAACGAGAUGUGAAAGUGUCAUUGUUUACAGCUUUCUUCCUGGCCACCAUCAUGGGUGUGCGAUUUAAGAGGUCCAAGAAAAUCAUGCCAGCUGGACUGGUUGCAGGUUUAAGCCUCCUGAUGAUUCUGCGGCUUGUCUUCCUGCUGUUCUGAUCACCCGAGGAGUGGAGAACUGAACCUAAGCCGUUCCACUGUAGCGGCAGAACACAUUACUCUCUGCAUUUCAAAGAUGAACUUGAACCUGAAAGGUCAAGUGUCUUAUCUAAGAAGCCAAAGUAACACCAUCACUUCUGAUGGGAACUGUAGGUUGAGGUGGUUUUUUGUUUGUUUAUUUUGUUAAUCCCAAAACUUUAUUUUCUAAUUUGUUGAAUACUGUUCUCAUUAAAAGAGCUUAAGGAUCACGAA